GUUAUCUGCUGAGAGCAGUCUGCUUUGCUGCCCAGCCACUGUAGUUACAGCUGACAUUCUGCCGCCGCUUCCCUGUCCUGCUGCAUCGCGCUUUUCGCCCUGAUUUUUUUAUGCACAUUAUUUCUGGCUAGCGCGUUUUAUUUCAGCCAUCCUUCCUACGCUUCAGUGCAGCGCUGUAAUAGUCUCAUACAGAUAAAUAAGGAAGUCUUUACGGAAAAUACCGAACCGAGAAGCUCAUUUCAGUCGACGUUGAUUUGAAGGAAGACAUUUGAUCUGUUUGGACUGAUAACAGUGAGACUGCGAGCAAAGACAUGCAGCGGAGAGGUCAGUGAGGAUGACAACAGAGGCAACGGAGACGGAGGGAUGAGAAGCAGACUCGAGUAAGAGGAGGAAGCGGGACUCCAAAGUGCCUACAGUACGGUUUUGUCCUACAGCAGGAGAGAGGGCUCGGUGUGCGUUUGGCCUUGAAUGGAGGCUAUAUUUUGUCCUGACAGCCACAAAGUCAUCCAUCCCACGUUGCUGAGCUGCAGUCCCCACAUACCCAGAGCUGAGCUGAAGCUUUGUCUCGUCAUUACAAGGACAUUACGGGUGUAAGGUUCUGCUUUUUCCUCUCCGUCUGUCAGAGAAUAACAACUACAACAGAGCUGCAGCGACUUCCUCUGCUCUGACCAUGUUGACAUGAAUGUAAAAGAGACGCAUCUGAGCGGACUACGGUGAUGUUUCCUGAACGUUUUUCUUUCUUUCUCUUGAGACAGAGCUGGUCUCUGCUCCCAGUUAACCUCUGCUAUCUCACCCAGUAAAACUUCAGCUGACAGUUUUCCCAGGAACAGCUAAUAAACAUCCCCCAAAAUACUCCAGUCUGAAGGGACUUGCUACCUAUUUGCUCUGAAGGAAAAAUAUUUUUGCUUUUUUUUCCCCAAGGGGAUUUUUUUUCUCUCUCUCCCUUGAAUCACUAUUAGUCAGCCCUGCUCGCAUUAGACCAUUUUUUUCCAUCCACUCGCUCCCACCCCUUGCUCAGUGUCUGUGAGCAUCUCAGAUGGCUGUCAGCAUGACCAUGGGACGAGACACCAAAUGGCUGACCUUGGAAGUGUGUCGCGAGUACCAGAGAGGCACCUGCUCGCGGUCUGACACCGAUUGUAAGUUUGCACAUCCCUCCCGGAGCUGCCAUGUGGAGAACGGCCGAGUCAUCGCCUGCUUUGAUUCACUCAAGGGCCGCUGCACACGAGAAAAUUGUAAAUACCUGCACCCACCUCCACACCUGAAAACCCAGCUGGAGAUUAAUGGAAGAAACAACCUGAUCCAGCAGAAGGCCACGGCGGCCAUGUUGGCUCAACAGAUGCAGUUCAUGCUGCCCGGAGCACAGCUGCAGCCGAUUACAACCUUUCCAGUGACUCCAUCCCUGGCAACGAGUCCCAGCAUGGCGUUCAGUCCAUAUCUGAGCCACAUGGGCCCAGCCAUGGGCCUGAUGCCGGAGCUGCUGCCCAGCACGCCCCUCCUCGUCCCCGGCAGUCCCACCAGCCUCACAGCGAUGGGCAACGGCACCUCGGCGCAGAAGCACACUCGCACAGACAAGCUGGAGGUUUGCAGAGAGUUCCAGCGCGGCAACUGCACACGGGGCGAGAGCGACUGCCGCUACGCUCACCCCCUGGAGGCUGGCAUGGUGGACUGCAGCGAGAACUCCGUCAUCGUGUGCAUGGACUACAUAAAGGGCCGCUGCAGCAGGGACAAGUGCAAGUACUUCCACCCGCCGGCUCACCUGCAGGCCAGGAUCAAGGCUUCACAGCACCAAGCCAGUCAAAACACGGCGCCCGCUCCCUUGGCUUUAGCUCCAGGCGGCAUGCAGUCGCUGCCAAAGAGGCCGAUUUUAGAGAAGAGCAACGGCGCUGCAGCUGCAGUCUUCAACCCUAGCAUGUUCCACUACCAGCAAGCCCUGGCUAACAUGCAGCUCCAGCAACCAGCCUUCAUCCCCACUGUAGACUCCUCCGAGCUUCUGACCCCCGACCCGAUGGAGCUGCAGUGCGUUCCCAUGGAAAACCAUUUCUGCCCCGUCCCCAAACUGCUGGUGGCGGCUCCAGUGGGAAUAAACUCAGUAAGCCUUUCACGAAACCCCAGUUAGAGUCCCUGAAAACCUGCAGCUCUGCAGCAAACAUGUGCCUCGCCCACAGUGCGCACCGACCGAGUGUCGGUGUGAAACGUCUUAUACAAUGUUUAUAAAAUAAAAUAAAAUUAAAAAAGCUGCAAUGGUUCACGCAAUACAAGCCUGAACUCAAAACUGCUUCACUGCAGCCGUAACGAUGCAUCCUGACGUGAUGAGCAAUAGAGCUCCCUCGUUCUGACAGCCAUACACACACCACACCUUAAACGUGUGCACGCACACACACACACACACACAUUCAAGACUAGAAGCCCUUUAUGGGUUGCAGCCAUUACCUGAGGCAGCCCAACACACCUGACUGAUCCAAAGUAAGAAAAGUUCAUUCUGGAUACUCAGAACAUUGGAGCUGCAAACGGACCUGCUGCUGGUCUUCAACCAUGACUCGUUUUAAAAAUGAAAGAAUGUUUCAUAACAUGUGAACGUUUAUGUUUCAAGACGGCUACAAAUCUCAUAUGUGUUGCACCAUGUGUUGUAUAUCAUCCAGUUUAUUCUCAUCCGAUGCCUGAUGAAACGUCAGAAAGAAACUGUUAAUUUGUUUGUGCCUUUGAGUUUGUCCUGCUGAGCUGCAGAGAAGACCUGGUUUCUAAAAAGGAUUUUUUUAAAAACUAAACAGCAAUGAUUAAAGAGAUGUCCACAUGUGAAAUUAAAGGCAAUACCAAUUUCAAGUUUGCUGCAUAUCAGCGAGUAGCUGCUAGCGGAGGACGAUUGUAUUAAACAGCAAAGGUUUAUUUGCAGGAUUUAAAGGUUUUUGCCUGAUUUUAAAUAUUAUUAUCUGGAUUAAAGCAGCAAAUGAGGCAUCAUUAAACAUGUAAAAUUAGGUUACAUUCAGUAUAACUUAUAGAGGCAGAUGGGAGGUUUUCUUACCCCCUUCACACCAGAUUAAGACGAGCCUACAGUAAACCAUUUGGGACAAAAUUCAAUCCAGGGCCGGCCCUAGGUUUUUUGGGGGCCUAAAGCAAAAAUUUAUUUGGGGGCCCCUUACCGUUACAGGAAUUUCAAUCCAGAUUUGGUGUAAUCUGCGAGAGAAGACAGAGUUUAAUUGUCUGACCUUUAAUUCAUACCAGGAUAAUUAUAUCAUUAUUAUGUAUGGACAAACCAAGACAAACGGAAAGUAAAAAUUUUACUUUUAGCAUUAAUUUGUGACUGUAACACAACAAUUAAUCUAUAAAGAUUAUUUUUGCAAAGUUCUUUAAAUCUUACAUUUAAAUAUAUUAAUUAAUCUAUCCUGAAACCAAAUUAAAGAAUGAAAACAAUCUUACUAAUAAAAUAUAAAAAGCACAUCUCUUGCCAGUUUGCAGAAUCGCCCUGUAUUUUUUAAAAGGUGGAAAUGCAUUUGUAGGUUGAGAAGAAAUGUUGAGCGUCAAAAACUAAUCAGAAUCAGCUAAUUCUGAUAUUGAUGUUUUUUUUCAUACAAGACAAUUUGAAGGAAAAUCAGGCUUUCCAACACCAUAAGCCUAAUCGCUAAUGGAGAAAUAUUUGACCUGAAAAUAAUUGCAGACCACAAAAAGUGUAAUUUUGUCCAAAUUUAAACGCAAAAUAAUUGUAUUGCCAAUAUUUUAAUGUAUUUUACCUGUUGAACUAUAAAGUAAAUGGCCAUACUUUAAUAAAACCAACAGUAGUGUCUAAUUUUAGUGGAAAACUGAUCUUUGUAGAUUUGAGACAU